AUGUCGUCAAAUCAAUUCACGGUGGCUUCGCCGCCUACAGACGCUAUCUCCGCUUUGAAGUUCUCCCCCGACCCCAACUCCACGCGCAUCGUUGUUUCGUCAUGGGACAAGAAUGUUUAUCUCUACGAUCUGCGCGAUGAGAACGGUACAGUCGGUGAAGGCAAGCUCUUGCAAAAGUUUGAACACCGUGCACCGGUUCUGGAUGUGUGCUUCGGCGACAAUGAGAAUGUGAUCUACACAGCUGGGCUGGAUUGGGAUGUCCGCAAGAUUGACCUCAACACAUCCGAGCAGACCGUCCUGAGCAGCCAUGAAGCUGGUGUGCGCAAUGUCGUUUUCAGCCCCGAGCACAACCUCAUCAUCUCUGGCUCAUGGGAUUCAACCCUCCACGUCCACAGACCGGAUGCCGGUACCACCUCGGCUCCUGCGAUUAUUCCUCUCCCCUCAAAACCAUUCUCUGUCUCCCUCACCGCGACCAAGCUAGUUGUGGCCAUGGCAUCUCGUGCCCUACACAUUUACGAUCUUAAGGCGCUCGCCCUUCUCACAGCGCAAGCCGACAGCGAAAGCAACGGCGGGACCAAGGUCGAGAUUGAGCCGUGGCAAAGGCGUGAGAGCAGUCUGAAGUUCAUGACACGGUGUGUUGCCUGCAUGCCUGAUGACGCCGGCUACGCCUCUUCCAGCAUCGAGGGCCGUGUCGCAGUCGAGUGGUUUGACCCUUCGCCUGAGUCCCAGGCCCGCAAAUACGCUUUCAAGUGUCAUCGCCAGACAGCGGAGGAUGGUGUUGACGUUGUCUACCCCGUCAAUGCACUCGCUUUCCACCCGGUGCACGGGACUUUCGCAUCUGGAGGUGGAGACGGCGUCGUCGCGCUGUGGGAUGGAAUUGCGAAGCGCCGAAUUCGUCAGUACCAGAAGUAUCCCUCCAGUGUUGCAGCUGUUGCUUUCAGCGGUAACGGUAAGUACUUGGCCAUUGGAGUCAGUCCCGGCUUUGAGGAUGGCCAGGACGACGUACCGGAGGGAGUUGUGAAGAUCUUUGUGCGCGAAUUGGGCGAGACGGAGGCCAAAGGAAAAGGCGCAAAAUAA